CCCUCGAAACCCCUCCUCCCACAGAGACUAAAUAUGUGAGCUAUGUGGCGUUACAGCCUCAUUGUACUAAGAUCUGGAUUUAUGGUUGCGACACAUCUGGCCAUUACCUGCUUUUUCUUUGUUUGUGGUAACUUUCAUUAAGGACCAAACACAAUGCCAAACUGGGGAGGAGGAAACAAAUGCACAGCAUGCCGUGGGACGGUUUACCACGCUGAGGAAGUGCAGUGCGACGGGAAGAGCUUCCACAAAUGCUGUUUCCUCUGCAUGGUCUGCAGGAAGGGCUUAGACAGCACCACACUGGCUAUUCAUGACCAGGAGAUCUACUGCAAGUCAUGUUACGGGAAGAAGUACGGCCCCAAAGGCUAUGGCUAUGGGCAGGGGGCAGGGACACUCAACAUGGACCGGGGAGAGCGGCUGGGAAUCAAACCUGAACAAGCCCAGACUCACAGACCCACCUCUAACUCCAACCCAUCCAAAUUUGCUCAGAAGUUUGGAGGCUCAGAGAAAUGCGCCCGGUGUGGAGACUCAGUCUAUGCAGCUGAGAAGAUCAUGGGGGCAGGCAAGCCGUGGCAUAAGAACUGUUUCAGAUGUGCAAAAUGUGGCAAGAGCCUGGAGUCGACCACCCAGACUGAGAAGGAUGGCGAAAUCUACUGCAAAGAUCUCUAAUAGGCGAGACUGACCACUCACUACAGCACUAAUAAAUAAUAAGUUGCCUGUGCAGCCCAAGUGACUUUUUUUGGUGAUGCAUGGCAUUUUCCACAGAAUAUGAAUUGGACUGACUUUGGUGGUCCCCUAACACUUCCCCUAGCACCGUCA